AUGGCACACGACGAUGAUAUCCUUACUGAUGUCCCGGGCACGAUCUACUUGAACUGGGCACGCACGAAGAAGUUGUGGUCUCUCUUCUUGAUAUCAUUCUACGCCUGCGUGUUCUCCUUCGGUGAGAAUAACUGGGGCGCAAGCUGGACUUUGAUAUCCGUCAGUACUGGUGUCAGCCUAACCAAUAUGAAUGGCGGUAGCGCUCUGAAUUACCUGUUACUGGGGUUCUUUAACAUCAUAUGGAUUCCCACGGCAAUGAAAUUGGGCCGUAAAAUUGUCUAUAUCCUCAGUCUGGUCUGUCUCCUUGGGGGCAGUGUCUGGGGAGGCUUCUACACUGGCACGGGCCAGUACUAUGUCAUGUUGGCGAUUCAAGGUAUUGGAACAGCGGCAUAUCAGGCUUUAAUUCAGCUUACGAUUUUUGACAUGUUUUUCACGCAUGAGCGUGGUCGCAUGGUCGCAAUCUACAUUUUCUUCCAACAGCUGGGGUCUAUUCUAGGCCUGAUCCUAGGUGGCUAUAUCUCCGAUGGAAUUGGCUGGCGUUGGAGCUCCCCUAUCGUAGCGAUUGCGUGUGGUGUCUUGAUUUUUUUUUUCGUCUUCACAUUCGACGAUACAAUGUUCCCCCGAUAUCGGUUCAACGCUCGACUUGAUCCAUCUCAUCCUAGCGCAAAAGCCGACAAUCAAGACGAGCCUGAAAAAGAUGACCAGUUGGGGCCUCCAAUGUCAGAAGUGACGAGUAAUGGUCUUGGUGAAGAUAUCACCCCACGGACGUACCGGCAAAAGAUCGGAUUGAUUCACUACUAUCCCGACGAUGAGACUACGUGGUUCCAGUACUUCCGUCGUCCAUUUUAUCUCUUUGCGUUCCCAAAUAUCGUGCUCGCCGGCAUUCAGUUUGCCUUUGGCUGCACUGCAGGAAUAGUCUCGUUCAACACAAUCUCGGAGAUCAUGACCGAUGCCCCGUACAACUGGAGCGCAGGAUCAACAGGAUUGCUGUUUCUUGCUGCUCUUACUUGGCAAUUUUAUCGGAAAGAGAAGCUUUCCAUUCACUUUGCUAAUUUCAUCAGAAUGGGAGUCGGGUCUUUAUCCGAUUGGGUUGUGCUCACACUGGCACGUCGGAAUAAAGGGUACAAGGAGCCGGAAAUGAGACUUUGGACAUACAUCUUUCCAUUGAUGUUUGGCGCUGUUGGAUACUUCCUUUAUGGAUGGGCUGCCACAAACGGCGACCACUGGAUGGCCAUCGCAGUCGCGCUGUGCUGUCUGAUUGCCCAACAGGUAUCUAUCACAAGUUUGGCAACGGCCUAUGCGAUGGAAUGUUUUGAUGGGCUAUCGGGUGAACUUGUUGUCGUCCUCGCCAUUUGCUCCUCUCUCAUCAACUUCGCCAUCUCGUACUCGGUACAGCCAUUGAUCGAUGCGACAUCUUACGGCUGGGCAUUCACCUUCUUUGGGAUUCUGGUGGUUUUAUCUGUCUGUAUGGGUGGUCCGAUGAUAAUUUGGGGCAAAAGAUGGCGACGAAACUGCAAACCUCGAUAUGAGCAAUUUUUGGCUGAGACAAGGCGGGAAAAUGCGUCCAUACAUUAA